CAUGACCGAUACCUACAAAUGAUAAGAGAAUCGAAUUUUUUUAUCAUACAAUUAACAAAAUAUCAUUUCUGAUCCAGGUAUGAUAGAUCUUUAAGUAUAUAACGAAAGAUAGCAAAUAACAUCAAGAGUACGUAACGAAAAUAAAUAUAUAAUUAAAAACGCAACCAGUAUUAUAUUUUUUUAUGUUAGACUAAUACUACCAAAAACAAAUUGUAUAUUUUCAAGUCACAUUUUAUAUUCAUAUUUAUCGAUUUAUUUGUUUAAAAAAGUUUUGUAUUUUGAAUUUUACUUGUUGAACAUAUACACAAAAUUGAAACGAAUUUUAUAGUAGGUUAUGUUUAUGUAUUCUAAGAAAUUCGUGUAACAAUACAACAAACAAUUGUAACUUUGGAACUACAUACCAUAAACAAAAUAUUUUAAACAUGAAUGGGAUAAUACCGGAAAUGGAACAAAUCAUUAGUCAACUCGAAAGGGGGACUGUGGUAACAAAAUUUUUUUCAAGAAAGAGACCAGAGAAGAAAACUCUUAUGAUAAGAAGAGAAACCAGGCAAAUUGUCUGGGCAAGAAGUGCAACAUUUAGACCUUUUGAUGGUUCAGUUGAAAUAAGAGAAAUAAAAGAAAUUAAAGUUGGAAAACAUUCUAAGGACUUUGAAAAAUGGCCAGAAGAUGCAAAAAGAAUUGAAAAUCUAAGAUGUUUUGUUAUAUAUUAUGGUUCUGAAUUUCGACUUAAAACACUUUCAAUAUCUGCCCUUAGUGAAAAAGAAUGUGAACUUUGGGUAAAAGGGUUACGUCGUUUAGUUCAAGAUACUAUAAAAGCUCCAUAUCCUUUACAAGUUGAAAGAUGGCUAAGAAAAGAGUUUUAUGCAAUGGAAAAUUCAAGAGAAACGGUUACUGUGAAAGAUGUAAAAGCAUUUUUACCUAGAGUUAAUUGUAAAGUGGCAACAAACAGGCUUCGAGAAAUCUUCCAAGAAAUAGAUACAAGAAAUAGAAAUGAACUUGGUUUUGAUGAUUUUGUUGUACUUUACCAUAAACUUAUGUUUGAUCAAAAUAAUUUCACAGAUUGGAGUAAAUUGAUCAAUUAUUCUAAAACAGGACCAAUUGUUACUGUUCAUGAUUUCCAAAACUUCUUAACAUCCGAACAACAAGAUCCUUUAGGAAAUAAUGAAGUAGAAGUAUCUUGUUUUAUUAGGGAUUACUUGCAAGAUCCCCAGAGAGAUGUACAGGAACCACAUUUUACAUUUUCCGAAUUUAUCGAUUUUUUGUUUUCAAAACAAAAUUCUGUUUGGAAUACAAAAUAUUCCCGAAUAUAUCAGGACAUGAAUAAACCCCUAGCACAUUAUUGGAUAGCUUCGUCGCAUAAUACAUAUUUAAUGGGAGAUCAAAUUAGCAGUGAAAGUAGUUGUCAGGCUUAUGUGCGUGCAUUAAGGACUGGAUGUAGAUGCAUAGAACUCGAUUGUUGGGACGGACCAGAUGGGAUGCCAUUUAUCUUUCAUGGUCAUACACUUACCACAAAAAUUAAAUUCUUGGAUGUCAUUAAAACCAUUAAAGAGCAUGCAUUUGCUACAUCGGACUAUCCUGUCAUUUUAUCUAUUGAGGAUAAUUGUACACUACCUCAGCAACGUAAAAUGGCAGUUACGAUGCAAGAGGUAUUCGGUGACAUGUUGUUGGUUCAACCUGCAGAUAAAAAUGAAACUUGUUUGCCAUCACCACACGCACUAAGAAGAAAGAUUAUAUUAAAACAUAAAAAAUUACCUGAUGGUGUUGAUGAAACAUCGUUUCUUAUUCGAAGCGAUGAAAGUAGACAAGAAAUGGACCUCAGAAAUACAGUAAAAAAUGGUAUUCUUUACCUUGAGGAUCCUGUUGAUAGAGAGUGGAAUCCUCACUUUUUUGUACUAACUCAGCAGAAGCUAUUCUACACGGAUACGUUUUCUAGAACUCAGGAAAUUGAACACGAUGAUGAUGAAGAAGAUGUAGCUCGACGACCAACAGAUGGUGUACCUAAUGACGAAUUACAUUUUGGAGAAAAAUGGUUUCAUGGUAAACUGGCACGAGGAAGAGAAGAAGCAGAAGAAUUGUUACGACGGUAUUCGCACCUUGGUGAUGGCACAUUUUUAGUCCGGCAGUGCGUUACAUUUGUGGGAGAUUACUGCCUUUCCUUUUGGCGUAAAGGCAAAGUAAAUCAUUGUCGUAUUAAACUCAAGCAAGAAAUGGGUCAAACGCGAUAUUAUCUUAUUGAUACAAAUUGCUUUGAUAGUUUGUACAGUUUAAUUACACAUUAUCGUAAUCAUCCCUUAAGAAGUCAAGAGUUUUUAAUCACGCUUCAAGAACCUGUUCCACAACCAAAUAAACACGAAGAAAAAGAAUGGUGGCACGCCGAUUGUAGUCGAAGUUUAGCCGAAGAAAUGUUAAAACGCAUUCCUACAGAUGGUGCAUUUUUAGUAAGACCCAGCGAAAAAGAAAGCAAUUCAUAUGCUAUUUCAUUUAGAGCAGAGAAACAGAUUAAGCACUGUAGAAUCAAACAAGAAGGACGAUUAUAUACUAUUGGUACUAUACAGUUUGAAAGCUUGGUUGAAUUAGUUAAUUAUUAUGAAAGGCAUCCAUUAUAUAAAAAAAUAAAAUUAAGCCACCCUGUAAAUCAAGAUGUCAUUAGGAGAAUGGAAUUGGAUACAGAUGACGGCUCUGUUUACGGUAUUCCUGGUUAUAUGGAUCCUACAAGUUUUACAUCAAAAGUGACUGUAAAAGCAAUUUAUGAUUAUAAAGCAAGGAGAGACGAUGAAUUAACAUUGGUAAAACAUGCUAUAGUAACAAAUGUGCACCGACAAAGUGGUGGUUGGUGGCGAGGAGAUUAUGGUGGUAAAAAACAGCACUGGUUUCCUGCUAAUUAUGUGGAAGAAAUAGAACCUCAAGACAAUCAGGGAGACUCAGCAGAUUCCAUGAUGUUUGGUAGUUUACAGAAAGGCUCAUUGGAUAUUAUGGGCGCUGUUGUUGAAUUAAGAGUAGGUGGAAGACCUGGAUUAGAAUGGAUAUUGAGAAUACAAAAUCCUAGUAUGUGUUCAGUAUUUGAAGUGGCAACUCCUUCCAAAGAUACUGCGUUGGAAUGGAUGGCUAGCAUUAAAGAAACUGCUCAAAAUGCUAGUGUCAGGGAAAAUCAACACAAAGAAAUGGAACGUGCAUGGAGAAUAGCAAAAGAAAUGUCAAAUUUAAUAGUUUAUUGUAGAUCAGUUGCAUUUAAUUUAGAAAGAAUAAGAACAAAAGGUUUUAUAUUUUCUGAAAUGAGUAGCUUUCCUGAAACGAAAGCUGAAAAACUGAUGUGUCAACAAGAAAACAAAUUUUUUAUAAAAUAUCAUCAGAUUCAAUUUAGCAGAGUAUAUCCAAAAGGACAACGUAUUGAUUCGUCAAAUUAUAAUCCUGUACCAAUGUGGAAUUCUGGUUGUCAAAUGGUAGCAUUGAAUUAUCAAACUGGAGAUAAAUCAAUGCAACUAAAUCAGGCAAAGUUUAGAGAAAAUGGCAAUUGCGGAUAUAUUUUGAAACCCGAAUUUAUGUUUAAAGAUGAUUUCAGUCCAUAUGAUAAAAAUUGUUUACAAGGAGUAGAGUCUAUUAAAUUUAGUUUAAAAAUUAUUGGUGCAAGACACUUAAUUAGAUCAGGGAGAGGUAUAGCCAGCCCUUUUGUUGAAAUUGAAAUUAUAGGAGCCGAUUUUGAUAGUGGUACAAAAAUAACGACUAAAACAAUACCUGAUAAUGGAUUUAAUCCUAUGUGGAAUGAAUCCUGCGAUUUUGAAGUUUCCAAUCCAUACUUUGCGUUUAUACGAUUCGUUGUACAGGAUGAAGACAUGUUUGGUGAUAGUAAUUUUAUUGGGCAAGCCACUUAUCCUGUCCGAUGUUUACAAUCAGGUUACAGGAGCGUUCCAUUAAAAAAUAACUAUAGUGAAGAUCUUGAACUUGCAUCACUAUUAAUACAUCUUCGAAUUUCAUCUUCAGCAACGCACUCGCAUAACUUAUAAAGUCAACGUUAAAUUGCAUAUAAGUUGCAAACCGUUGAUUCACGUCGGAAUUAAGAAAAGGUAAAGAAUAUAAUAAACGACACCUGUACAUUAAUUGUUAUUUAUGAAUUCAGCACUGUAUAAUAUAACUUCCAUUAUUCAGAUUAGAAUCUAGUAUAACUACAAUUAAAUGAAAUAUUUUGAUUAGAAGAUUACGAAAGAACGUCACCAGAGAAGACUAGUUAUCUACAAUGUUUAUGUUUCAAAUUGAAAUUGAGUACGAGAACACAUAUAUCUAUCUUUCUAACCAAUUACAUAGGUAAUUUAGGAACAUUAUUAUUAUUAUACAUAGUAUCAAAGAAAAAUAGUAGAAUAGUUCUUACAGUAUUGAACAGAGAAUGAAAGGGAUAUAUAUAUAAAAAUAUUGAAAAUGAGAAAUACAAUAAUGCCUCAUUAAAAGUUGAGUAAUCAAUAUUGCAAAAGUUAUAUAACAUAUUAUAAAGAUUUUUGCAAAUUGUUGCAAAAAAUACCCAAAAGUAUGUAUCUAUUACUUAGUGUAUAGUUCAUUUAGAUCAUUUGCAACAGAAAAGAUAAAUAACUUAUAAAAAAAAGCAAUGUGAUUUAGUAUAACUAUUUUAAAAUUUUUUAAUUGAUAUAGAAAGUAACAUAUCAGGCAGUAGCGUGACAAAGUAUAUCUUUAUUUAAAUUAUAUAAAAAUUAUAAAAACAACAAGGCCUUAUACUAAGAUAUAUUUUAGACUGAAUUAAUUAAUAUACAUAAUACGCUUCUAAUUCCUUUACAAUUAACGGGAUAUUGUUUCCACGUUAAUAAUAUUUAUUUAUUAUUUCAAAAGUAAAUAGUUUUAGCUCGAUUAUAUAAUACAAAGAACAAUUAUGAAAUGUUAAAAAGGCCAAUUGUUAAGCCUUUCAAAUUAUAAAAUGUAUGGUUUAAGAAACGGAAUAUAAAUAUUCUUUUAUAUUACAUA